AUGGCCUUACCUGGCGCUGUUAAGGAGCAGGGAUUUGAAGCAAUAACCAAUAAGAUGGCUCGACUGUUGGCCUGUGAUUCGACUGCAGGGAGAAUGAGAGCCCUGACGGAACUGAAGCAUUUAGGACUUAGACCCAAUCAGGAAGUGGCCGAGUUCUGCGUGGUAUUGGAGAAGCUGGGGAGGCAAGCGCACCCGGAGGGAUCAUUUGAAGACCGGUCCUUGGAAUAUGCUCAGAUACUGUUGGACAAUUUGAGUGGAUGGCCCGAGCAUUUUCAACUGGUGAGUGCAUUGCAUAAGGUCGAGCCAAAGAAGGCGUAUGAAGAGGUAAAGCAGCUAGCUCUUAGUAUUGAGCAAUCGAAGUUAAUGUUGAGUAAGUAUAGGAAAAAGGUGCAACCACCAUGGAAGGCCAGGCUAGCCCAGUAUCAGGAAGGAAGGGACGGAAGGAACGCCAUAAGAGUGGCAUCGAGAGGACCAGGGAGCGAGGAAAGAAAUAGUCAGAGAGAGCCUAGUUACAGAGCACCAGCAGGGGGGCCAAGGAAAUCAGGCGGAGUGCAAGAGCCGAGUAGUCGCCCUCUAGCAGAAAGCAAGCGAUGCUAUAACUGUUCAAGAUAUGGGCACAUAGGGCGCGAAUGCCCUCAACGGGCCACAAGAGUAAAUCAAAUCGGGAAGAAUGAGCAACAAGAAGGAAGAGGAAAGGCUACGCUCUCAAGCAUAGCCGACCAAGCGCGUAGCCAUGCCGGUAAGAUGACGGAAAAAUAG